CGGGGAGGUUGCGGGAUACGCGAGUGCGGGGCCCGGGGAGAGGGAUACAGCGAGUGCGGGGCCCGGGGAGAGCGGAUACAGCGAGUGCGGGGCCCGGGGAGAGCGGCGCGAGUGCGGGGUCCGGGGGGGGGGAUACAGCGAAUGGGGGUCGGGGGGGGGGGGGGGGGGGACACGACAGCGCGGGGGGGGGGGGGGGGAGAACAGCGAAUGCGGGGGCCGGGGGGGGGGGAUACGACAGCGGGGGGGGGGGGGGGACACGACAGCGCGGUGGAGGGGGGGGGGGGGGGGGGGGGGGACACGACAGCGCAGGGGGGGGGGACA